AUGGAUGGUUGCCAAGGGGAAGAGUGGGAGGGAGAGGGAUGGACUGGGAGACUGGGGUUGGUAGAUGCAGACUAUUUAGAAUGGAUAAACAACGAGGUCCUAAGCACAGGGAACUAUGCUCAGUAUCCUGUGAUAAGCCAUAGUGAAAGAAUGUGUAUAGUACAGUGUAUGUGUAUAACUGACUUACUUUACAGCAGAGAUUGGCACAACAUUGUAAAUCAACUGUACUUCAAUAAGGGCUUCCCAGGUGGCUCAGAGGUAAAGAAUCUGCCUGCCAAUGCAGGAGAUGCAAGAGACGCAGUUUCGAUCUCUGGGUUGGGAAGAUACCUUGGAGCAGGAGAUGGCAACCCACUCCAGUAUUCUUGCCUGGAGAAUUCCAUGGACAGAGGAGCCUGGUGGGCUACAGUCCACGGGGCCACAAAGAGUCAGACAUGA